UCUCCAUAUGCUUGAGCUACGGCCAACUCUGCCUAACAGAACGAGCAGACCUCUAUGACAUUUGAUGGAGUUGCCCUCACAUGCGCCGAAAUUACAAUCCCCAGGGCCUGCGAAUCGCAUCUCCUAAGCAGUGGGAGGCCAGGCUACUCAUCUCGGAUACAGACGUGCAAAUCUAGGUCAUGCAGCGGGCAGCGGCAGCCGCCAGUGUCAAAGGACUUCUAGCCGCCUGACCACAAGUGGCCUAGGCCACCAAGUGACAUUCUUGUUCCGUCCUAAUACGGUUCUGAAUAAAUGGUUUUGCUCCUCGUGCCCUGUCUUAGACCGAAGAUGUCAGUUUGGCUUGCAGGUGAACACGAUGCCAUCGGAGAAGGAGUUAAAGCUGGACAGAGAGCUGCAAGCCCUGUACGAGUCCUGCUUUGCGGACGGCCUGACGCGAGCCGAGGUUCGACAUGUGGCGCGGGCUUUCGUCUCCAGCACCAACGAGAAGAAACGCGCUCUUCCGCGUCGCAGACUGACUAAGAAGGCCAUCGCCUGCACAGCAGUCGUGCUCUUCCUCUUGCUGGUGAGGGAGUCCAUCGAGUGGAGGCUUUCCAUGUGCGGCCGGCUGCUUCUAAUUGCUCUGCUUCCUUAUUGGGACUGGACGUCAUACCACUACGCGACCUGUCUGGUCGCUAAUCCUCUCUACAAGGCCAAGACGAUCACUACAACAGACUGUCAAGUGUGCGAAGAUCUGCGGGGCGUGGCACGGGUGGACGGCGUCGACAGCCAGGCGUUGCUCGAACAGUACGUGGAAAACCUGGUACCGCUCGUCGUCAGGGAGAGCAUGGGCGACUGGCCCUCUGCGAUGCCAUCGUUUGCACUCACCAAUAUCACUGAGGCAUACCUGAAUGACGAAGAUCUGAAGGAGGCCGCCAUAUGCAACUUCCGCAGCAACCGGCGUCGGAUGGGCUUCGAUUCCUUUCUGCGCAGCUUCCCCACCGCUAGUGGCUGGUUCGCCCAUUGGGAGAACUGCGACCACUCGGGCCAGAAGCAUCUGCGCCAGUUCUACCGGCGGCCCUCGUUUCUUCCUCUGGCCGUCGAGCUGACGCGGCCGAACUGGGUCAUCGCGUCGCAGGGAUUCAGCGGGCGCCGCUUCAAGCGGCUCGAGUUCGAAUCUGGGAGCACCCUGGUGUGGCUGGCACAAGUCAAAGGCCUCGGCUACAUCCGUCUGACGCCAGAAGCCGUCUGCUCAGACAUAUGCCAAGAACUGGAACUGCUGCUCGACGCACGAGAUGUAGUGCUCGUGCACACGAAUCUGUGGAAAGUGCACUACCUCCCUGGAGAGGAUUCCGAAAACAUCGCAUUUGCUGCUGGCGGCUUCAUUACGGAAUGACGUUGCCUUCGUGCCUCUCCGCACGUCAAGGAAGUGCCACAAUAGAGCAAUAAAGUGACA